AUGGCAUCCGUCGACCAAUUCGACAGCGCGCUCGACCUCCUCCGCCGCCUCGACCCCAAGCACACCUCGACCCACCUCAACUCUCUCAUCGGCCUCGUCCCCGACCUAACCGAGGACCUCCUCUCCUCCGUCGACCAGCCGCUCAGCACGCGCUGGUGCAGCAAGACCAAGCGCGACUACCUGGUCUGCGACUACAACCGCGAUGGCGACAGCUACCGGUCGCCGUGGUCGGGGGAGUUUGAGCCGGCGCUCGAGCAGAGCAGUGAGGGCGGCGUGGAUGAGGGAGCUGGUGCGGGCGCCGUGCCGAGUGAUAGGGUGAGGAAGAUGGAGAUUCGUGCGAAUGAGGCGUUUGAUGUGUAUCGUGAGCUGUAUUAUGAGGGGGGGCUGAGCUCGGUGUACUUCUGGAAUUUGGAUGAUGGGUUUGCGGGGGUUGUGCUGCUGAAGAAAUGCUCGCCCCAGAACAGCGGCUCCGAAGGAUCAUGGGACUCCAUCCACGUCUUCGAAGCCAUCGACCGCGCGCGCACCGCUCACUACAAGCUGACCUCAACGGUGAUCCUGCACCUCUCGACCGGGACCGACGUGCUGGGCGACAUGGAGCUCUCGGGCAACAUGACGCGGCAGAUCGAGGCGGACCUAACGGUCGACGACGACGGGAGCCACAUCUCCAACAUCGGCAAGCUGGUCGAGGACAUGGAGCUCAAGAUGCGCAACCUGCUGCAGGAGGUGUACUUUGGCAAGGCCAAGGAUGUGGUGGGUGACCUGCGCAGCGUGCAGAGCUUGGCGGAGGCCAACAAGGAGAAGAAUGCGCAUAGGGAGAUGAUUGAUUCUAUGAAGAGGUAG